AUGUUCAACAGCAGUGACAUGAGAAUGAAACCCUUUGUGAUUCUGGGAUUUCCUGGACUUUCACCACAGUAUUAUGGACCUGUGUCAGCUCUGCUUUUUUUCAUAUACAUCACUAUUUUUUUAGGGAAUCUUUUCAUUUUAGUAUUUGUUAUCACUGAGAAGUCGCUUCAAAAACCAACAUAUUUGGUGUUUUGUCACCUGGCACUUAAUGACUUAACAUUUGGCACAGUGACACUGCCAAAGAUCAUAUCUAAAUACUGGUUUAAUGACAGCACCAUUUCAUUUUAUGGAUGUUUUGCACAGAUGUUCUUUGUUCAUUACAUAGGAGCUUCACAUUCCUUCAUCUUAAUGGUAAUGGGCCUCGAUCGGCUUAUUGCGAUCUGCAUUCCACUGCGAUAUUCUGCUCUUAUCACAAACAAACUCAUUUCUGUGCUCUGUGGGUCUGCUUGGUUCAUACCAGUCCUACUGAUGGUGGUUGCUAUGACACUUGCUCUGCCUUUACCUUUCUGUAAAUCAAAUGUCAUUGCUCACUGCUACUGUGACUUAAUUACUAUAACAAACCAGGCAUGUGGUGGUCAUGUGCAAACAGUUGUAAUCAUAACUCUGUGUAAUGCCAUGUUUUGUCUUUUGGUUCCUCUGGCAUUCAUCUUGUUUUCCUAUGUUUGCAUCAUUGUAGCUAUUUUAAAAAUGUCUAAUGCUGCAGGACGUAAAAGAACUUUGUCAACUUGCAUGCCACAGAUAUUCAUCACAUCCUUGUUUUAUUUACCCAGAUGUUUUGUUUACGUGGCUAAUGGUGUCGGUUUAUCUUUCAGUUUGGACAUUCGUAUAUUGGUUAUCUUGAUGUACAGUCUUCUCCCUGCCACUGUUAAUCCCAUCAUAUAUUGUUUCAAGACACAGGAUAUCAAAGAAAUGUUGAGAAAAAGGCUGAAAACACCUAUAUAUGUAUAUAUUAGACAACUGACAGGUGGAUGA